GUGCGGCAGAGGAGGACCGAGGAACGCCCGGUCGAAGCACGUUGUUCCUCUUUUUGCCUCGUUCUCCUCUCUCUCUCUCUCUCUCUCUGUCUUCCUCAUUUUCCAAUCUUCCUGUACAUGUCUCUCCUUUUGCCAGACGCACGCUCGUUGCCUCCCUUCGGGUCCGUGCGUGCCACGGCGACGAGUGAAAACGCGAGCUGCGAAGAGGACGCGGUCGUUCCGCGUCCCAAAGUCAACUGCUAUUCCCAAAUAGCCGAAUAAAUUCGUAGCUACGAAAUCCUCGAUAACAGAAUAAUUCAAUUCAAUUCAAUUCAAUUCAAUUCAAUUGGAUCAGGGGAAAAACCGGGUAAAGAACCUUUAAAAAGGACACCCUGUGCACGAACAGAGAAAGCUACGGCCAUAGAAACGUCGACGCCGGUCUGGGUUUGCCACAGUCUCUCCCUCUGUCUCUCUUCCGACGCGACGCUUUUACGUAUUUAUACGCGUAUCGCGACGCGAAGCUAAGGGUAGCUAGUGCCAGUGGCCGCUUUAUUGUCGUGACAAUAGUGUUGGUGUUGGUGUUGGUGUUGGUGUUGGUGGUAGUGGUAGUGGUAGUGGUAGUGGCGAUGGUGACAGUGUGGGUUUAAAUUUCAACCGCGUGCUCGUACGUGAGCCAUUAUACAUAACAGGGCUACACGGGCAUUCUCGCUAAACGACAGGGUAUGUGACCACGAUCACUGAUACAUCGAUACGAAUUUUUAACCCCCCGUCAAAAAAGGGAUUAUGUAUUUGCUCGUUCAUUCAACUGGUCGAUAUAAUAUAUCGCGUGCGUCUACGUAUGCGUGUACUGUGUCUCGACGAGAGGAUUCUCGAGUGCGUGUGUGUCACACUCAUUGUCAGAAACGAUAGUGAACGAAGCUUCGAUCGAACCGGCACAAAAACGGACGAGAUAUGUAUAAACGAGCGAGUUCACCGAAGCAGGAAACGAGAAGCGUACGUACACGAUGCCAGGCAGCAUCUCGGCAAAGGAUAAAACUGAACCAGCAGCGAGUGGAACGUCGUCGUCGACGCCGCCGUCGUCGUCGUCGUCGUCGUCGUCGUCGUCGUCGUUCUUGUCCUCGUCGUGGUCAUUGAUGUCUAACCGACGUCACUCACGGCAAUCCCGUUCGAUUUUACACUUUUAUACGAAACAAGUUGCGCUCAUCAUUUCCGCAUUGUUCCGGUCCGGAUGUGUCCUCUGAUUCGUGGCCGAAAAUAAAAGCGGUCGAAAGUGGUGAACGUUGACUGUGCAUUAGAGACUGGCCACGAUUCCUCUUUUCGUAUAACUAGCCAGAGUGUGGAAGCUGUGCGUGAUCCACGACAAGGUGAAAUGGAUCGGAAAAGUACGUCUAACUCGGCUGUAAAUAGAGCUUCGUAAUUCCCAUCACGCUGCCUCGAUAUCCCCUUAACAGGCGAAAUUCGUCCCUAUAACUUAUCCUAUCUCUCUACUACUGAUCGAACUGAACUGGAACGUCGAGAAGAGGAGACAGAAGGCUAAAAUCGAAGAAGAAGACUCGUAAUGUUUCUCAACGACAUGAAGCUGCUAAUGUUCUUAGCGGUAACGGCCUGCCUGUUGGGUUACUGCCAAACGGAUGAAAAAGUGUCGUUUUACGGGGCGAGCUAUAUUCAUCUUCCAGUUCAAGAGGCCAAGGGUGCGACUGACAUCAGCUUCCGGUUCCGAACUCAUCUCGCGGACGCGAUGCUGCUAUUGGCCGCUGGCAAGACGGAUUACUGCUUGAUCAAACUCGAAGCCGGCAGAUUGAAGGUGCACAUUAAUCUAGGCGCAGGUGAGAGCGAGAUGGCCAGUGCACGUGGAUUAACAUUAAACGACCUAAGUUGGCACGAAGUAAACCUGACUAGAAGAGAGGCCAACAUAACUUUACAAAUCGAUGUGAUACACACGACCAGAUCCCUUCUACCGGGACGUUUCUUCGAGCUCAACAUACACUAUGGUGUCUUCAUCGGGGGACAGGGUGAUUUCAACGAGCUAUUUCUAGGACACACGGACUACUUAAGAGGCUGCAUGGCCGACAUAACGUACAACGGAGCUCGGGUAAUAGAAUACGCCAAGUCAAGAAAAGGUCAGUCCGAGGCUACCGCUGUAACGUGGGGUUGUUCACUGGAAUUCGACGGUACAAGAAACACGGAAGUCAGUUUCGUCGAGGACGGCGCGUUCACGGCGAUUCCAAGACCCAUUCCACGCUCGGGUUCAAAAUGGGAAUUCGAGUUGAAGAGCGGUGCAGAGAGUGGUCUACUGCUAUAUAACACCGGUCAAUCGUCGUACGCCGAUUACCUCGGGAUCGAGUUGUUCGAGGGUAAAAUACGACUUUUGAUGAACAAAGGAAACGGACCAACCGAAUUGAUACACGGCACACCGGUGGCAGACGGGAAAUGGCAUCGGGUGGUCGUUGUUUUCAAUCCAAGCGUAAUAGGGAUCACCGUGGACCGAGAAGAAAAAAGCAUCACCUUACCAUCUGGUGGAAAUCGUUAUUUGGACCUAGCAGACACCUUGUACAUCGGAGGCACAGAGCUGAACAAACGAGCCAGAGCACUUGGUAAAGGACUAAAGUCCGGGGAUGUGAGUUACAAGGGUUGUUUGAGGAAUAUGCUGCUAGACAAGAAGGAACUUGGUCUACCGGACGUGAAGAUCAGCCAGGGUAUCGUUGUCGGUUGCGUUUGGGGAUUCCCUUGCAUGAAUGCUGAUCCCUGCCUUUCUCACGGCAUUUGUUCCCAACUGGGUGUCAGCUCGUUCAAAUGCGACUGCGAUCAAGCGUCGUCGAACUGCGUCAACCCGAACUAUGCUGAAGAUUACAAGAUUUCUCCAAAAACGAAUUUACCCGUAAACCUAGAGAUACUUUCGUUAACCCCUCUAAUGGUCUCUGAAGGAGGACACGUGCUGGUGACGAGUGAUAAUAUUGCCAUGGUACUAGACAUCGCUAAAUAUGGAGUUGAAGAGGAUGGUGUUAUCUUCACCUUGGUAACGCCGCCGACAUAUGGAACUUUGGCCCUGACUCUCUUAACGACCAGAAUCGAGCAUACCUUUACUCUUGAAGACGUUAAUCGAGAUAAGAUACAAUACAUGCACGAUGGCAGCGAAACCACAGAGGACAGUAUGAUCUUGGAAGUGACGUUGGUGGCAGGAGUUGGUUAUACAUUACCAGGUUACCUCCAAGGACUACUCAGAUUUCCGCUUCACGUAAACGUUACACCUGUUAACGAUCCACCUUUGCUGGAAAUAUCAACAGCGAAAGUAUUGAGGUUGGCUCAGGGUACGAGAAAAAUUUUGACGAAAGAAUUAAUCUGUGCGAUCGAUGCCGACACACCGUCGGACAUGUUGGUUUACACGGUGUUACGGACAGACGCGGACGCUGGUUACGUCGAGAGGGUGACUUAUCCGUCACGGCCCAUCGACACGUUUACCCAGGCCGAAUUAAUACAAGGAUUAAUUGCAUACGUACACCGUGGAAAUGCAAAAUCGAACGCAAAGCUGGACCUGCGGGUCACCGAUGGGAUAGAGAAUAGCCAAGCAGCCAGUCUAAGAGUGGCGGCUCAUCCUUUGGAAAUCAAACUGAUGCACAACACAGGAUUGGUCGUCGUUCAUCGAUCCUUCUCCUACUUGACCCCGGCGAAUCUCUCAUUCACCACGAAUUCCGACGACAACACAAUCGACAUACGUUACGAUAUCGUGUCUCAGCCUGAAUUUGGCACGAUUCAAAAGCUAAAGGACGACGUCUCGAGCGGUUGGCUGAACGUUGACCACUUCACUAGCCGGGACAUCGAGACGCAGACGAUUCGAUACCUUCACAACGAGGGCAGCCCUAACCAGGAUGAAUUCAAGUUUCAAGCUAGCGUUAGAGAAGCCAGAGCGGCGCAUACCUACGAUUUUCGUAUCACUUUUAUCGAUCUUGAACUGAAAGAAACGAAAAGGGUGACGGUUAAUUUUACAAACGUCGCCGAGGUUAGCGUGACCAGUGAAAAUCUUAAGUACCAAACGAAUCCAUUGAUAACCAGCUUGGACAAGAUCAUUUUUACCAUCUCAACGGCACCAAGAUACGGCCAUCUCUUUCUGUUGAAUCGAAAAUUAGAGAUCGCCGACACGUUCACUCAGGAAGACGUAGACUCUGGUAAAUUGUUGAGAUAUCGAUUGUUUAAAAGAGCCUAUUCGACGAUCCUCGAUGAAUUUGCUUUCAAAGUAAGCGCACCCCAGUGUAUCGAUCAUCAUUCGAGGCUAAAGUUGCGACAUUACCUUAGCAAGAACGUGAAACCGUUGGACAGCGUCGAGACGUUAAGGGUGGACGAAGGAUUCCGAGUACCCGUCCAAAUCCUGCGUACCAAUCCAAAAAAUUACGGAGUCAGUUCGUUGAUAUACAACCUGACUAUACCAGCUCGUCACGGUUGGUUGUCGGUAAUCGGUAACAACUCGAAGUCGAGGUCGAGGUCCUAUUCGAGAAACGACACCAACUACUUCACCUCCGAGGAACUAUCCUCGCAGAGGGUCUACUAUCUUCACGACGACUCGGAGACUCGGGAAGACUCGUUUCAAUACGUAGGAAUUGCUUCCGACUCGGUGGAUUUCAUGUACGUCGGUCUGAUUCGAGUCGAGGUGACGAUGAAGAACGAUAACGCACCGGAACGGAUAGUGAACAAGGUGUUCCACGUAGUGUCGAGAGGCGAAAGAUUGCUCACCAGCAAGGAUCUAGCGUACGCGGACAAAGACGUCGAGACGAAAGCUAGCGAGCUGAUUUAUACGAGAAGAGACACCCAGAAGCACAGACUGUACAGGGUGUCGAACCCUACACUGCAGAUUCACGAGUUCAGCCAACAGGAUAUCGACGACGGUCAGAUACUGUUCAAGCAUCACGGCGAGGAUAAUGGAAAGUUCGAAUUUGGAGUGACCGAUGGUUACUUUUACACAGCCGGUGUACUAGAAAUUCAAGCCAGUCCCCCUUACGUGAUGCUAAAGGAGAGCAACGGAUCGUCCGUGGUACAAUUCAAUCGGUCCGUUGCCCUACCACUCGAUCAGCUUGACAUCGAAACGAACGUCUACACUUCCGACAAGGAGAUUCGGUACACGCUGCUGGAGAAACCAAAGUACGGAGUGUUGUUGCAACACGGCAAGGAAACAAACACCUUCAGCCAAGAAAAUCUUCGUUACGGUAUAGUGUUGUACAAACAUAUGGGUGGUUCGUUAGUUAAAGACCAGUUUAAGUUCAAAGUAUCGAUAAAAGUAGCGGGAGCGCAAACGGAAGGUGUCUUUACCAUCAAGGUAUACCCGGAGAGCUACUGGCAACCGUUGAUCGUUCGAAACAACAAGACCGUGUUUGUCGAGGAGGCCACCAGUGUCCUGUUGAGCAGGAAAAGCCUCGAAAUCAUGCAUCCGAAGAUACCCGAGUCCGAGAUUGUUUAUUUAUUAAAAGAAUGGCCAGAGAACGGUUAUUUGGAGCUACAGAUUCACGACGAGCAGCACACCGACGACGAGGAACCUCGAGAGGAUUACAUUGGAAACGCGGUCAAGUCGUUCAAUCAGGCUCACGUGAACGAAGGUCGCCUUUUUUACGUGCAAUCUGUAAUAAAUCAAACCUACGACAAAUUCAUUCUCGACGUGACCAACGGGAUAACCUGGUUAAAGGAGCUCAGCGUGAAUUUCGUGAUAGUACCGGAGAAACUGUACGUCGAAGCGAAGAGUCUCGCUGUGAUCGAAGGAAAGAGCACGGUUCUUGACGAAUCAAACUUUUCUAUCCUUACUCCUUAUUAUUCCGGAAAGGUGACCGACUAUCGUGUCAUUGAGAAGCCGAAACACGGUACUAUUCUGGACUCGACCAAGAAUUCUCAAGUGAAAAAGUUCUCGCAGAAACACCUGAACGCCGGUAUAAUAUUCUACAGGCACAACGGUGACGAGUACUCGAAAGAUUCUUUCAAAAUGCUUCUCGUAGCCGGCGACAAGAUUAGCGAACCGUUCGACGUAUGGGUGAUCGUACAGCCUGUUAACGAUGAAAUACCGGUCCUGGUUAAUAACGAAAGAUUAAACGUCUGGCAAGGUGGUUCGAUCACCCUAACGUCUGAUAGUUUAGCAGCCGUUGACAACGACACGAUCGCUGACGAUAUUACGUUCAACGUGACUGCAGUUAGAAAUGGUUUUAUCUCGUUUCAAUCAUCCCCGGAGGUGGAGAUUUAUAAUUUCACCCAGCAACAGAUUGACCAAUCGAAAGUGAUGUUUACGCAUACCAAUGGAACCGAUGCUGAAUUGAAUUUCGUCUUAAACGACCGAGUACACACGACUGACCCUUACACGAUUCUGAUAACCACCAAGCCGGUUCGUUUAUUCAUCGAGCAAAACUCUGCACUGAACGUCUUUCCUUUGAGCAGCAAAUUGAUAUCGAGCAAAUCGUUGCUCACAAAAUGUUCGGACCAGCUGCGAGAAAUUAAAUAUACGGUACGAAAUGGACCUCAUCUUGGGAAAAUCAUCAUGGAGACGAGCGAAGGUGCGUGGUUGAACGUUGAUAGAUUCACGCAAAAGGAUGUUAACAACAGCAAAGUAUUUUAUGAGCACACUAAACAAUUCAUGGACCUAUCCGCCAACGAUUCGUUCACGUUCGACGUUGAAGCACAUUUUUCGGAAUCGUUAACCAAUCAGCUAUUUCAAAUAGACAUCUCCGUAUCGAGCGGUGGACUGGACAGAUACAUCUCCGUGAAGAACGUAAGGAUCGAAGAAGGCGGUUCGGCCAAGGUCGUGAUGAACAUCACUGGAAUCGUGUCGUAUCUUAAAAGCCACGCUGGAAUUGAAAAUCCAGCCGUACUUUCGCGACUGGUCAGUCAACCCAGCCACGGUCACGUAAUGAUUCUUCCAGAUCUAAACGUCACUACUUUUUCUCAGUCUCAAAUCGAGGGUGGAAAGAUUAUCUAUUAUCACGAUCACUCGGAUACCUUGGAAGAUCGCAUCGAUUUUUCUCUCUAUCUAACGCCAGGUCACAUUCUGCUCUGUAACACUAGCGUCCCGAUUAUAAUCGAGCCGGUAAACGACGAACCAUUUACACUGAUCACAAACGCAUCCUCCAUCACGGUCGUUCAGAAUCAAAAUCAAACGAUAACCAGGGAAAACUUACUGACCGAGGAUCCUGACACUCCGCCGGAAGAAAUUAUAUACGAAGUGAUAUCUGGUCCUACUUACGGUCGUCUCCUCCUCUUGCCAUUCAACGAAAACAUUUCCGAAGUACGUCAAGUGAAUAUAUUUACCCAACACGACGUCGACUCGAAUCGACUGGUGUUUGAGCAUAACGGGCCGCUUCAAGGAGCAUCCUUUUACUUCAGAGUAUGGGACGGACGUUUUAAUCCGUUGUACAACAUCUUCAACGUGAACGUUCUACCCAUAAAACUAAACGUCACGGUGCCAGGCCCGGUGAACUUGCAACAAGGCUCGAACAUUGCCGUCAUUUCGGAGAGUAACGUCAAACUGGACACCAACGCAAGACAAGAUUUGCUCGUUUACCAAGUAACCACCGGUCCAAAGUACGGAGUACUGUACGCGCGAGAUGGGGCAGCAGCAGCCACAUUUAAACAGACAGACCUGCUCUCGAAGAGUGUUAUGUACAUGCAAAUGGAUAUGACCGUGUCGAACGAUAGCCUGGAAUUGACCGCUAGACUGAGCGGAUUCGAACAGAAACAUAUAAGGAUCGAGAUCAAGGUGGUACCGUUGAUGAUCAUCAACUCUAUGACAGCUCUGGCGGAUGAAAAGACGCGGAUAACCCUGCAACACAUGGACGCUACACCGUUGGCCAAGUUGACCAGCAGCAAUCCACUCUACACGAUCAUUAGGAAGCCGAAAUUUGGUAAAAUAAAAAGAAUCAUCAGAAGUUCCUCGUCCUCGGGUGAAAAACGUGCUACUAGAGAGAAAGAAGUGAUCAAGUUUUCGCAUCAAGAAGUGAUGUCUGGCGUGAUUUACAUGGUCUGCAGAAAAAUUCCAACAAUCGAGUACAGAGGUGUUGCGGAUAGUUUCACGUUCGUCUUGACAGCUUCCAUCUUCCAACCAGCCGUCGGUGAGUUUCAAUUUCGCGUGAAACUCGAUAUCGACGAAUAUAACAACAUCACGUUGGCUGGACCGAUGGAUCCUGUCGGUCACGAGGGUGAAAUGGCAAUCGCACCCAACAUGAGCAACGACUAUUUGUUAAUCUUGGGCAUGCUACUCGGUGUAUUUUUCCUCGGGGUUGUGGUCAUAAUCACAAUUCGUUGUAGACACAACCGAUACAAACAUGCCGAAGAAGAGAAACCGGAACCAACGCCAACACCGGUUGGUAUAAUGCCUCUACCAAGACCUCCGGAUCAUCUAAUGCCAGCUACUCCGCAUUUGAAACGCUUUGCCAACGAUCACAAUAGCGUGGCUGCUAGCACACCGUUACCGGUACUUCCCACAAUGACAUCUACCUUGCCUCAGUGCAAAGUGAUACCCCUCAGUCCUUUGGAGAGUAUCGCGGGCUCCGAGGUGGACGUUUCGGCCAAGUAUCCUUACGGUGUCGCCGAUGCCGACGAAUGGAGCAGCUUUGAUACGUCCGAUCUACCUUGUCAAUCAGCCACAACAACACAGAGGACCAACAACCCGUUACUCAGACGAAAUCAAUACUGGGUCUAGCAGAAGGAGGGCUGUUCGCGAUCAAUGCGAAACAGACCGUAACGUUACUUCUCAUCUUUUAAAAAGACUGCUUUUCUUACAUAAGUCGAGAUUAAUCGUCUAACUACUAUGGUCUUAAUGUGCCUAAAAAUAAUAACUGACUGUGUGCGAUGGACGUAAAUACACCGGAAGCCUCGAUUUUAUACCGAAAUCUUGACGGAAACUCUCAUUCCCGGCCUGUCUAUCGUGUCUAUCGUGUCUAUCGUGUCUAUCGUGUCUAUCGUCUAAUAAGACACACGCAACAACUUGAUAACCCUCGUUAACGCUUUAGCUAUACUUUUUCUUUCAUAUUUCAGUAUACACUUACCGUC